UUGCCGGAACCAUCUCCUAUGGCGAGGAUAUGAACGAUGAAGGAGAUUUUAGCGAACACGUACCGGACGACCUGAAAUGUGAUGCCUGUAAACUGCUGGCCAAGAAGCUUACCGAGAAGUUUGACUACAUACACAAGAGGAGACCAUCUGUAAGACGACUAAAAGAGUCGGAUAUACUCACUGUCACAGAGGCCGUUUGCAAUGGACCCUUUGAUGAUUACGGGGUUAAAGAGGUGAAUAAGGUGAUGCGGCUGUCAGGACCGGGGUUAGAGACGAACGGCCUCCCGGGGGUGACGCAGAGUGGUGGGAAAUGGCCACACAGAUUGUUAAAGAUGUGCAACGGGUAUCUUGGAGAACUUGAUGAGAUAGAAAUUUACGAGAAGUACAAGAAAUAUGGCACACUCGAGACGUACAUGUGUUAUGGGUCAGGAGUAAGAGGAGAAUGUAGUAGAACGAAAAAUUUCACCAAAGGGCGUCAUGAGCUGUAGAUAGUGGCCUCAGAGUCAGUAUCAAUAAGGAACCUUUCUUCUCAUAGAAGUUGGGAUCAAAGCUGACAGAUCUGUAUUCAUUUGCUUGAUGCAUCUACUUCAAGUGGCUCUUCCUGUCGCUAAAGUUCUACAAUGGUUGUACAUUAUAUUUUCACAUAAUAUGCCAAGAGUCUCGAUGCCCUAAUGGCUUCCGCCGGCGGUCCAGUGUAGAGACCGUAGAUUCGAAUUCAAGUCUCCCUGGUUUGGUUGAGGUUUCAAGUCAUAAGGCUUGUCAGGUGCCUGGUAAGGUGUGAUUUCCGAUUUCCUUACCACAUAUUAUAACAGGAAUGAGUCAUAAAAAUGACAAGUAAAGGUGUCUCACCUGUGUGAUCAGGUGGGCGAAUGCAGCAUUUUUGAUGAGACCAUCAGGCCCUUGACCAAUGAGGUUUUGUGUUCCACAUCAUCUCAAAUCUUUAGUUGUUUGCUUUGGACCGCUGGUGUGUAAGUUGUAAUGCAUUGGAUAUGUAUAAAUUAAUGGAAAUGCAUGCAGGUCAAUAUGAGCAAUGCCUUAUACAGGAUGUGAAGGAUUUUGCAUUUAACUGAACACUAAAAUAUGUACCACUGUGCAGGCCAAUUAUUCAUAUCUGCGUGUUCAAAGGUUUUAAAGGUUUUAGAAUAUAAUGUAAUUAUUACUAUACACAUUGUUUUUAUGUCUUAGAAUCAUACACUUUACCAUCAGGUGUAACUUUUCCAUUGCAAAUAAGAAAACGUGAGCGGAAGUGUCACAUGCCGACUAAUGUACUCUUCUUUAUAGUUAACUAUGAAUAUAUCAUUUCGCUAGCUUUUCAAUUUGUGUUGCAACGAUUAUCUUAUGUGGAGUUUGUGCAAUUUUGUUGUGCAAAAAAUAAAACUUGUGUACAUCACUCCCUUCUGCUUAGCUGUCUCAUUAACUUCACCACGUGUUCGCGUAUAUUUUGGCGAAUAUGAACUUGAAUAUUGUUUGUAACCCUUUGGCAACUUUACGCUGAUAUCUUCAUGUUAGAAUAGGGAACAUGAUUACCACCAAAACCACCAACAUUCGUCAUCAGAGUAAGUAAUAAAUACUGAGCGCUAUGUGAAAAUAUGUUUUAGGACAUCAGCAGGGCAGACAGAACAACCAGAGAAUGAAACAAAAAGUACU